AUGAAACGAAUCUUUCUAUGUUGGCUUACCAUCGCCACAACUCUUCAAUUUGUCUCUGCCAAACGAUUUAUGAAGAUGUUCGCAGAUGCUGGAAUUGGAAUUCAUUGUCCUUCUGGGAAUAAAGUGUAUAUUCAUCCGAUCAGUGGAGACCUUCAGUUAUGCAAACAACAACUCGGAGUCUAUAACGAGACAAGUUGUCCAGGUGGAACAGCUUGUGAGAGAUUUCCAAUAUUAAUUCCUGGUUUUCAAGAUUACUGUUGUUGGUCCGAAAUAAAUCCAGAAUCUGAAUCUUCAACAGAACUGGAAAUCGUACCUCCUCCAAUGUCAAAAUUGAAACCUGGAGUUACCGUUGAACCGAUAGAUGAAGAAGAAAAAGUGUUCCCAAUCGACGAAGAGGAGGAAGAAGAUUUGAAAAUAGAACAAAAGAAAUCAGCGAGAAAGAAAAUCAGUGAAGAGGAGGAAGAGGAAGAGGAUAUUGAAUGGGAGUUCGAGACAACCACCGUGAAACCAAGAAAAACAAAAAGUAGGAAGGUUCCAGUAAUCACUACAACAGAACCACCAAUUAUGGAAACAACAACUGUGAAAAUUGGUCCAUCAUCUCGUCGUCCACAGUGUAACGAUCCGAAUAAAACUGUUCUAAUCGAUUAUGGUAAUCGAUUAAGAGAUUGUUAUUUCACACAAUGUCUUCGAGGUUUCAAAUGCGAAUUCAAUAGAGAAAUUCGAAGAUUCAUCUGCUGUGGAAAUGAAGUUGAUGUGCCUCCAGCUGGAUUACCACCUAUUCCAGAACCUUCCCCGGUUAUAAAAAGACGACCGUUCCGACCGAAUCGCCCUUAUAAUGAUGGAGAAGAAGAUGAGGGAAACGUGGAUGGGGAGAAUCGAGGACCGAGAAAUCCUAUCGUUCCAUUCAAUCAAGGUGGUCAAUUUCAAGGUCCUAUUGGUCCUCCAAAAGUGGAACCAAUGAUUGAAAAUAAUAUAGAUUCGACUGCAAUUCCACAUCCAAAUAAGAAAAGUAAAUAUGAUGAAGAUGAUGAUUAUGAAGAUGGAGAUGGUAAUGGACAUGGAGGAUGUGGAGGGAAUGGGUGCACUUAUGGAAGAGGAAGAGGUGGAAAUCAGAAUUCACGAGGAGGAUGUGAAUUAAAUUGUAGAAGGAAUGGAGGAAACAAUGAAGGAUGUGGAAUGAGCUGCAGAAGAGAAAACGGAAAUAAUGGGAAUCGAGGAGGGAACAGUCGAGAAUGUGGGAACGGAGGAUGUCCGUGGAAUGGAAACAAUGGAGAUGGGAAGCGCCCGAGACGACCGAGACCAGAUACUGAUUAUGAAGAAAAUGAGAAUGGAUGUGAAGCUGAUUUAAGUGGAAUGAAUGGAGGAAGGAAUGGUAAUAACAAUGGACCUGUUCCACCAAUUCCUGAGCCAAAGCCCUUGUGUAAAGGACUGCAAUUUAAGAAAUCUGGUAAUGGAAAUGGUAAUGGAAAUGGAAUUGGAAACAGUAAUAGUAGCAACAAUAGGAAUAAUGGACCACCUCCAAGGAACAAUGGAAAUGGGAAUGGGAAUUCAAAUGUAAAUGGAAAUGGAAAUGGAGGAGAUAGACCAAUGAAACCAACACAAGCAUCAGGAUCUGGAUCGAAUCGAAGAAAUGGUCCUCCUAGAAAUGGAGGAAAUUCUGGAAAUGGUAAUUCAAUGAAUAGGAGUGGAGGGAAUGGUAGAAGAAACAACAACAGCGGGAACAACAACAACAAUAAUGGAGGAGAUAGUAAUUACGGAGGAGGCGGGGACAACUGUGAUUUUGAAAAUCGUUGUGGAUUUGGGAACGGAAACGGACAUGGAAACGAUAAUCAGAGAUUUAGCAGUAGAAAACAGCCUCCUCCAAAACCAUCCUCUAGUAACAAUAAUGGCGACAGAAAGGUACCACGUUCCGUUCCAUUCUUUCCUUCUUCUCAGUCUUCUCCUACGUCCAUCUGUCCCGAAGGAGCAGAAUAUGUAGAUGGGUUCACCGCUCCAAAAUGUCUACCUCCAGCAAUAGAUUCGUGUCCGAUGAGUCAUAAGAAAUGCCGUUACUCAUCACGAUUCGGUCAUCAUGUUUGCUGUAAUUCCCAGUGA